AUGGUUGUCGUGGGGAACAUCUAUGUGAUUGCGGCUGUCGCCGUCAUCGGCGGCAGUCUGUUUGGCUUUGACAUUUCCUCCAUGUCGGCCAUUAUUACCACUCCUGCCUACAAGUGUUACUUCAACCACGGCCCCGAUGGCCCGCCGUUCAACGAUUCGCCGGUAUGUACAGGUCUCAGCUCACUGGCUCAGGGUGGUGUUACUGCUGCCAUGCCUGGUGGGUCGUGGCUGGGUGCUCUCAUUUCUGGUUUCGUUUCCGAUCGGCUUGGCCGCAAGUAUGCGAUCAUGACUGGAUGUAUUGUUUGGAUUAUUGGCUCUGUUAUUAUCUGCGCGUCCCAGAACAUGGGCAUGCUGAUUGCCGGUCGUAUCAUCAACGGUAUCAGUGUCGGCAUUGAGUCUGCACAAGUCCCGGUCUACAUCUCUGAGAUUUCGCCGCCCUCUAAGCGUGGCCGCCUCGUCGGCUCCCAGCAGUGGGCUAUCACUUGGGGCAUUCUGAUCAUGUACUAUAUCUCCUUCGGCUGCACCUACAUCGGCGGUGAUAAGUCCUGGAACUACAGCACCUCCGUCUUCCGCAUUCCCUGGGGUGUUCAGAUGCUCCCCGCCAUUCUCCUCUUCCUGGGAAUGACCAUUCUGCCCGAAUCCCCGCGUUGGUUGGCUCGCAAGGACCGCUGGGAGGAGUGCCAGUCGGUUCUCGCCCUUGUCCACGGCAAGGGUGAUGCUAACAGCCCCUUCGUGAUUGCUGAGAUGCAAGAGAUUCGUGAUAUGUGCGAGUUUGAGAGCCAGAACAAAGAUGUUUCGUACCUGGAGCUGUUCCAGCCCAAAAUGCUGAACCGCACUUUCAUCGGUCUUUUCUGCCAGAUCUGGUCGCAGCUGACCGGUAUGAACGUCAUGAUGUACUACAUCACCUAUGUCUUCAGCAUGGCUGGCUACUCUGGCGAUGCCACUCUUCUUGCCUCCUCUAUCCAGUACAUCAUCAACGUUAUCAUGACUGUCCCCGCUCUGAUUUGGGUUGACCGCUGGGGUCGUCGCCCGACGCUGCUGAUCGGUGCUGCUUUGAUGAUGACCUGGAUGUUCGCCAACGCCGGUAUUAUGGCCAAUUAUGGUGUGGUGGUCCCUGGCGGUAUCAACAAGACCCCCGAGGAGUCCAUGCGCCUCCACGGUGCCCCAGCCAAGGCCCUGAUUGCCUGCACGUACCUAUUCGUGGCUUCCUAUGCCCCGACCUGGGGCCCAGUUUCGUGGGUGUACCCUCCAGAGCUGUACCCUCUGCGCGUCCGCGGCAAGGCUGUCGCGCUGGCCACCUCGGCCAACUGGGCGUUCAACAUGGCGCUGGGUCUGUUCGUGCCUCCGGCCUUCACAAACAUCCGCUGGCAAACAUACAUCAUCUUCGGCUGUUUCCUAGCAGCCAUGCUGAUCCACGUCUUCUUCAUGUUCCCUGAGACUGCGGGCAAGACCCUGGAGGAAACCGAGCAUAUCUUUGAGGAUCCCACUGGUAUUCCGUACAUCGGUACCCCGGCCUGGAAGACAUUCCACGAUACCAAGCGCACCAUUGCUGCUGAGCAGGGUGACGUUGAGGUCCUGGGCGAGAAGCUGAGAGCGAGUGAGAAGCGUGCGCUCUCUACCACGCACUCGGAGAAUGUCACCACCGACAGUGCAUGA